UUGAGACUUCACAUAUAGUGUACAGUGUUUUUGUAUUCAAUUCAAAGGCAGAAUUGAUUCGGACAGUACAUUAAAACGUUGAAGCCACAAAGAUCACUCAUAAGACUAUGGUAGAAUCUAGGAACCUUUGUCGUUGUCUUUGUCACCAGGGAAGUAAUUUACAUACGUGCUUAUGUUUUCGGAACUACGUGACGCCCCCUCGCAAAGUUCCAGAAUGCAGGAAGGUGAGGACUACCUGUACACUGGACAGCGUGACCUGGAGGACCUGCUGGCCAAUAAAGAGAGGGAGUGGAGGGAGCUUCAUGCUAAAAGGAUUCAUCUGCUGGAGGAUUCUUUUAAAAAGGCCAAGGAGGAGUGUUCUUCUCUCAGACAUCAGUACAAGAUGCUGAAAGAUGACUUCCUGUAUAAUCUGUCCAUUCUGGAUGAGCAAGAGAAAGAGUUACAGCGAAAUGACAUCAUUACUUCCAAGGCUGAGAAGGCAGAGCAGAAAAGGCAGGAGGAGCUGAGCUUCCUCCGUAUCCAGGUUGCCGAGCUUGAAGAGAAGCAAGCCAACGAUGCCAAGGCGAGACAGGAGGAGCAGCGUAUCAGCCAGAACAAAGCUGCUCAACAAAGGCUGCAACUGGACGAGCUCAGAAAGUCUAUGACAGGUACAAUUCAAAAGCAAAUGGAAGCAAAUGAGCGGAUGAAGUUAGAGAUGCAGAACAGGCUACAUGAGAUGGAAGUAGAGUUCAUCCGCCAGAAACAGGAAAUGACAGCAACUUGGGACCAAGAGCACAGACAACAAGAACACGAGUUCAAUUUAAAAAUGGAUGAGAUGCAUGCAGCACUGCUGUCCAGCGAUCUGAAGAUUAAGCUUCUCUCUAAAGAGUGUGAGGUCCAGAGCCAGGCUCAAAUGGAAGCAACACAGGCACUCAUAGCAUCUGAAGAACUUCUUAAGCAAUUACAAACCCAGCUCCAGCGUGAGGCUGAUUUAAAAAAUGAAGCCAUUGCUGUCAAGGAGCUCAGGAUAAAGGAACUUGAGAACAAGUUGAAAUGGAUGGUGAACAAACUGAAGGAGAAAGAUGGCCGCAUUAAGAAACAUGAGGACAUGACCGAGGUUCUGAAAAAGCUGAAUGAGCUGCAGACUCAGUGUCAGGCCUACAAAAAGCAGUUAAAGACAGCAGAAAAAGACAACGUGAAACUGAAGGAUGAGCUGGAGAUCCAGUCUGCGAAAACUCGGUUAGCACAAAAAGACAUGGAGAUUAUCUUGGAGGAGAAAGAUGACACAAUGAAGAGGCUUCGUGCCGAAAUGACUAGAGGCCAGACUUUCUUGGAGAGAUACAUGAGUCAGGCUUCUAACGAGAUGGUUGCCAAGAACACGGAGUUCAUCACCUUACAGAACAGUAAUGACAAACUCUGGGCUGAAUUGGAGAGGAGCAGGGAGGAGAUUAGCAGGUAUAAACACGAUCUAAGUGCCGGUUUGAAAAGAGAGGCAGCAUUAGAACAGGCCCGAGUCCAGAUGGAGUUGGAGUGGCAGAAGCGCUGUGAUGCCGUCAAGGCUAAACACUACCUGGAUAAUGAGCAGCUGAUACAAGAUUUGACACUGGCAAGAGAUCAGGCAAAGGCAGAUCUUGGUGAGAAAGAAAAACAGUUGCGUGAAUUGACUGUCUUGCAGCCGUCUGUUGUGAAUGACAAAGCAGUCCAGGGUCUCGCACCAAAACCAGAUGUGAGGACAUUAGAAGAGAUAAAUUCCCUGGUUGAGCAGAACAGCUUUUUACGAGCUGUGGUUUCCCAGAUGAGAAAGGAUAUGGAGAAUCUUGGCGAUCUCCUACCACAUCAACAGACCAAGCUUCAAGACGCUUCUCCCAAGGCAGUUAAAACCCCCGAAGCGCCUCUACCUUCCUUCACAACUGACCCUCUUGCCAAGCAUCCGGACGUCUCUGCCAACACGAUGCCUGCAUAUUUGUCAGACGAUACUAAAACUCUGAAGCACGAGGUGGGCCUUUUGAACGCUCGAUGCAGACACCUCGAGGAGCAGCUUGAAGGUGCUUUACGGCUCCUAAGCCUAGUUCCAGCUGCAGAGACAUCAAAAGAGUUCAAGACUCGCACAUCUGUAAAUGAACCAUAUCCACAUGACCAAGGAUAUAAGGAAGUUUUGUGUCUGGAGAAACAUGCUGACUCCAUUGCUCCAUUGGUGAGGGGGCCACAUGCAGAGUUACAUGCCAACAGCAUAAGGGAUCAGUGUGCUGGCCGGCAGCAAGUUCGAGAUGAGAACCUCUAUCUGUGGCAGCAGCAACUGAACUCAGCUCUUAUGGCCAGUGCUGCAACUCGUCAUUUUCCGGGUGUUAAAAGGAACAUUGUGCUUUUGCACGCCAGGCUGAAACGGGCAGCGGCCUAUAUCGCUCGUCUGAGCCGAGAGAAGCAACAGCUCAUUCAGAUGGGCAACUGCCUGCGUGCCUGCAUCAACACCGCUGGAUUGCAGGAGGCAAUUGAGCAAAAGAGAGAUUCCUCCACAGGGGAACAAGAAAAUCAACACGAUCGUCUUUCUGCUCUGGAGCAGCUGCAAUAUAGACUCACCACCCAGGAGCUCGAGUAUGCUGUGAGGCAGAUGGCUUGCACUGUUCCUGAACACGCCACCUCAUCUGACAGCACAGGGCCUUCCAUAAGAGGAGACGCUGACCUUUGUUCCAACGGGCACAAACCCUCUGAUGAGUCUGGGGACUUUAAAAUUCCUAUGAUCAGCCAGCUACAGAACUCUUUGGAGGUGAAGAAACAGCACAGCUCUGAAGAUUCUCAGCACUCAUUGAAGGAGAUUUGGGAAAUACUGGAUCUUGGACUCAGUUCAUCUAUUUACUCAGAAGGUGAAAGUGAUCUGUGGAGGAGCAGGGCAACUAAGUCGGGCACCGCUGGAGUGAUAGUGACUGGUACCAGUGCUCCAAUCCACAGUCGUUCCCCAUCCAGUUUUCAGCAGAAGAACCCCUCCAAAGGACAAUCGAACCCUCUUAAGAACUCCCAGCAUGGAGCUCCAGGCAAAAUCGGCAAGAUCAGGAACUACAAUGCUAAAGACUGACGCGCAUACAAGACAAUCAUCAAAAUGAUCAUUGUGUUAUCAGUAUAUUAUUUCAACAUUUGGUAAGUUAACCAAUAAAGCCCAUCUCGAUCAGAGCUACUUGCUGUUUGAAAGAUUCAAAUGAAGAAUGGAAAGAUGAGUUAUCGAGUUACAAUUGCACUUUUACGCUGUUAGUAACUCAGAUGUAAUCUGUCGUUUUAGUGGCAAAACUGUGUAUUUUGAGUGCAUUGAAUUUGUAAUGUUUGAUUUUUAUAGUUAUUUCAACCCUCAGCAUUACACAGCAAUUUUCAGUGGAGCUGAUUCUUUCUACCCCAUAUUUUUAGAGCAAUUAAAAUAAAAAAUGGACAGAA